UAUGCCGAACAUUGGGAUGGAUAUGUCCGAUCAUUGCAAGCUUUUCAAGGGAGGUGGAAAACCUUGAAAGUCGAACUCUAUGCUUGGCAUUGUGCGUUAAGGCAAGCGAAACUUUGGUACAAGAGUGGUGCGAAUAUGAUUGAUGAGCUACGUCAAGCACAAGAUUUGUGGAGAGCUGCGAUGACCAAAUCUAAAGGAAAACAAAAAAAAGGUGAUUUCAUUAAUUUAGAAUGUUACGAGAUUGUUAAGGGGUUUCAACAAUUUGAAGACAUUCCAAACCAUUCCUCUUCGGCUGGAGGAACCUCCAGGGGAGGAACUGAACGGAUGCACACACAACAAUCCGCUCCUGAUUCUCAUGUCCAGUUAGACAUAGAUGCAGAUGAGGUAAACGCCGAUGCAACUCCAAAUCCUUCGGUGAAGCCUCAAGGAAAGAAGGCUGCCAAAGAAGCUCUUCGGAAAGGAAAGAAAGCAUCUAAUGAUUCAAGUCCUCUGACAGCCGCUGUGGAGACUAUAGCAACCAACCAAACAUCAAUGAUGUCUGCCAAGGAGAAACGUGAUGAGGAAUAUGCUCGACAUCUCCGUGACCAACAACAACGAGAUUAUAUACGCUUGCAAAUGGAUAUGCGAAACGAGGCAUUCAAAAUUCAAGAGAGGGAAUAGCGUAUUAUGGAGAUGGACACAAGUAAGAUGACGCCAACCAAAAAGAAUUACUGGCAAAGAAAACAAAAAAAAAUUGCAGAGAAAGAAGCUGAAGAUGCAACCCGCGGAUCUAACAUCCCACAACCACCAUUCCCCGGUGGGUAUUAUCCACAAUCUCCUUUCUCCGGUGGCUAUCCACAACCUCCUUUCCCUGAUGGCUAUCCACAACCUCCUUUCCCCGGUGGCUAUCCACAACCACCAUUCCCCGGUGGGUAUUAUCCACAAUCUCCUUUCCCCGGUGGCUUCCCACAACCACCAUUCACCGGUGGUGUCCCUUCCCCACCUUUCUCUUCGGGUGAAUCCACCAACCCCAACCAUAUGGAUGACCCCACAAACACAAAUUGGAUUCCUAAUGAAGAUGAGGAUUAGGAAAAUUAGGGAGUUAUAUAUUUUAAAUAAUUGUAUUGUUAUGAUUCCAAUGGUUGGUUUUUGACUUAUGUAAUAUUAGAUUGAUGAAAUUAAAAUUUAUUGGAAUAAUACCCUUACAAAUGAAAAGCUAAAUGAAACCACACAAACAUAAUUAAAAACAUAAAAACUAAUAGAAAACACACACAAAUAGCAGAUCUAGAUACGCCUAUUGCCUUGAAAUUCCCAAAAGUGUUGAAUGAGGUCUUCCUGAAGGUUGGAGUGACACUGCUCAGAUCUAAUUUGUUGGUAGCGGUCCAUGAAUCCGUUCAUAUGAUGAGCAUCUCUACCAACAGGAUCAAAGUCUCUACAUGUUGGUCCCUCCCAUACCUCAGCAAUCCUGGGCCUCAUAUUAUCAACCUCCUCAUCAUCGGACUCUAACUCAUCAUCGCUAUCUUCAGGUCGUUGAUUUUCGACAAUCAUGUUGUGUAAUAUAAUACACGUCAACAUAAUGUAUCGAAGGUCCUCUUUAUGCCACCCACGAGCAGCUCCUCGAAUAAUACCAAACCAUGACUGUAAUAUACCAAAGCAUCUUUCUACAUCCUUCCUAUACCCCUCUUGAGCCUUUGCAAACUCGAUUUCCUUGGGGCGUGUAGGAUUUCGAACAGUUUUCAAGAAAGUCGCCCAUCGAGGAUAAAUACCGUCGGCGAGAUAGUACCCUAGAUUGUCAGCUCUGUUGUUAACGUGGAAUUGGAC